AUGCAUCGUCUUUUUGCUGAGCUGGAGCCAUCUUUAAUCGUCACAGAGCAAAACCUGGCAGACCGAGUUCGGUAUAUCUUGCGCUCAAAUAUAUUUGAUGUCGCCGAACUCGAACGGCUACGACGUGAGGCUGUUCCCUCGUCGGAUGAGAAUGCUACGGCUGAGGAUGCGGCGCCACAAAUGGUAGAGGAACCCGCAAACGUGGAUGCCGCCGUGAAUACCCCAGUUGUGGUUGAUUCAAACGAUGAUGGAACAGUCGCCCAGGAACUGGAAUUAGAGCAUAUGAGGAGUAUAUUGGAAGAGGCGAUUGUGGAAACGCGCAGUACGCCUCUCGAAAAUCGACCGCGACUUCCCCGCAUAGCCCUAAGCAAGCGGAAUCGGGCUGUCGUGAGGGCUCUGAACCCAAUGCUGGUUACCUAUUUGGAAGCCAGCCGGGACCUUUGCGAGACGGACUCAAUUCUUUUUGGCGCCGCGCUGGCAGUCUGCCGUAUCAUAGGCGCCAAGGUUUCCACGGCUGGACGCGCUACUGGCCAUAGUAGCGCUAUCCCAGCAUGGAGAAGAAGAAUUGAGGAACGUAUCGCAAGGGCUAGAGCUCUCAUCGGCAGACUGAUAUGCUUCAGAUCAGGCAACAACAGGCCAAGAAUUGUGCGCACCGUCAGGAUGGCGUUUGCUGGGACAAAUGUCAGUUUGUCCCAGCCGGAUAUAACGCAAAAACUGACGGAGCGCAUAGAUGAUCUGAAGCAGAGAAUCGCUGCUUGGGGAAAACGGAUUCGGCGAUAUACCGAGAGGUCGACACGGUUCAACCAGAAUCGUCUCUUCCAGAGUGAUCAGAAGAGGCUCUAUGAAUCAUUGGAGCGACCAAUGGUAAGUGAAACGGGUCCAGCACCGAAUCAGGCCGACACUGUAGCAUUCUGGCGCGGCCUGUGGUCAGAGCCCGUAAACCACAGCGAGGGCCCUUGGACGGAAGUUGUGGCGAGUCAGUGUGCGGGUAUUACGCCCAUGGACCCCGUCAUCAUAACGCCGGAUGACGUAGCUGAGGCGGUCCGUAGGGCCCCGAACUGGAAAAGUCCGGGGCUUGACGGGCUGCAUCACUACUGGCUGAAGGGGUUCAUGGUGUGUCACUCUGUGCUUGCCCGACAGUUUCAAGAGGCUCUCAACCAGAAGUCGCUCCCAAGCCUCUUCACUACUGGGAUCACUCAUUUGGUUCCUAAAGACCAGGGACACACAUGUCCUAGUUUAUCUGGCUCACAAAUGACAGAAGGCAUGGAAAUUGACCAAGAUCCCUCCAUAUCAAUAUUGGAAGCAGAAUCAACAGAUUUGAUUCGCACUGUGAAGCAAAAUAAAACACCAAUAAAAAUUGUUAUUGGGGGAGGAGCUAAUAAAUUGACCACAAACUGUAGAUGCUUUAUAAAAAAAUGA